AUGGAUGACGACGAUGAGUCUGAUCCUGCAGAGGAUCUCCCCAUCCUCAUGGGCAUCCCAGCACCAGAAACCUCUCAAGGGCCAUCCUCCGUCCAUGACCUGCGCCAGCUCCUCUUCCCUCCAAGUUCAGAGACCUUUCUCGCCCCCAGACAAUCCCCCUCCCGCAUGCUCCCUCGUCGCGUGCUUCCUCCGCUGUAUCGCAAACGCGAAAGCCAAAAGUCGUGUCGCCAUGGGAUGUUAGAGCAUCGGUAUUGUCUCGACGAGGAAGAGACCUGCCAGAUGUGUGGGCGCCGUCCAUUCCCCAACUGGCUCUACUACUGCGUCGAAGACCAGGGCGACUGUACGCUCCCAAUCAACCCGUUCCUCAGUCCUGUCUUCACGCCCUGGGCGCAGAGAUACAUCGAGGAAGGCAUGUACACCGCAGAACAGCGCGAGAUCGUCAUCCAGCAGAAGAUCAAGGUCCUCCAGACCGCAGCCCAUCAAAGGAGAACCCAACUGGCGCCGUUGAUGCCCUCCCUCCUGGACAUCGUGCCGAGCAUCGCGACAUUCAGUGAUACCGGCGACGACGACGGUAGCGAUAGCGAUAGUGAACAAUGGAUCGAGAACGUGCAUACCGUCAACCAGCCAGCAUCGCGUCCAACGCCGCACGACCCGUCCCCCUGGGAAGACGACGCCGACACCUUCGACAAACCCAUGCUGCCGACCCCAUGCAGCUUCAGCGCUUGCCAGUAUUGCGAGUGGCGGCUGUACAAGUUCCAGCACGCUUUGGCUCAACGCAUGUUUCUCAGCAUCGAUGAAGUCUGCACCGACCCGUCCAUUCGCGUACCCACCGCUUGGGACCUGCGCGACCGGCCCAUCUCCCACGCAGACCUGGUGCGCACUCUCGGUUGGCGCUCGCGACCUUCGUUAUCGGCCGUGUCAGGCGGUGCCCGCAGUGUCGGAAUCGGAACGAUUCCCAGCCUUGUGGGGAGAGCCCAGCGUCGGACUGUUCGGCGUCGUCGGGUGGACAUCUUAUCGCCCAUUGCGGAAUUGGAGGAAACUGGUGCCUGA